AUGACUCUCGCAGCUCCCAAGAUAGGUGGCUCACAAGCCAAUGGCGACUCGGAAGCUCCUGGCCCUCAGGACAGUAACCUCCCGUCUGCACCCACGUCGGGGUCGACUUCUGGACGUCGAAACACUUAUCACACUACCUUGUCCAAUACGCUCGCCAACCUCGACAUGAACGCUGAAACGCGCUACGACCUCCGGAACGAGGACCUCAAAGACCUCCAGGAGCUCGGUCAAGGGAACGGCGGCAGUGUCAAGAAGGUCGAGCACAUACCCACCAAGACGAUAAUGGCGAAGAAGAUCGUUCUCAUUGAUGCGAAACCCUCUGUGCGGAAACAGAUUCUACGAGAACUGCAUAUCAUGCACGACUGUCAUUCACCAUACAUCAUCUCCUUCUAUGGCGCUUUCCUUUCAGACCCCAAUAUCUGCAUCUGUAUGGAAUUCAUGGACAAGGGCUCUCUCGAUGGCAUUUACAAGAAGAUUGGCGCGAUCGACAUCGAGGUUGUCAGCAAGGUCGCUCUUGCUGUGCUCGAGGGUCUGACCUACCUGUACGACGUCCACCGGAUAAUACAUCGCGACAUCAAACCAUCCAACAUCCUCUGCAACUCGGAGGGGCAAAUCAAAAUUUGCGACUUUGGUGUCUCAGGCGAACUCAUCAACUCCAUUGCUGAUACCUUCGUGGGCACGUCCACCUAUAUGAGCCCGGAGCGUAUCCAAGGAGCUCAGUAUACCGUCAAAUCGGACGUCUGGUCGAUGGGAAUAUCACUGAUCGAACUCGCUCUUGGACGCUUCCCCUUCUCCGAAUCUGAUCCUGACGACGACGAUAACUUCUCCGACCUUGAAGGGACGUUGUCACCAGAAAGCGUGCUUGCCGACAAGAGGGAAAAGGACAAGAAGAAGGACCGGAGAAAGAGCAAGGGUCACAUCGUGAACGAGCCCGCACCGCGGUUGACGCCCGAGGGGCGUUUCCCCGGGGAGGCAGAGGACUUUGUCGACAGCUGUCUGUUCAAGGACCCAGAUGCCAGGAAGACGCCAAAGGAUCUACUGAAACACCCUUGGAUAGACAUGGCGCGGGCGUCCAAAUUCGACUGCAAGGUCUGGGCAAACACCUUCUGA